CGUGCUCAGAGUCACAGUGUCACGCUACAUUAACUCCCCGUAUACUUUUUUUUAGUUCAGUAACUCCACUAUCACUCUGACACACAGCCACAGCGCUGCCCCCUCUCGCCGGAUCCACCGCAUUGUGUGCUCGCGAAUCGCGUCUCCUCCGGAUCCACCGCAUCUUGUGCUCUUGCCGGAUCCACCGCACGCUCGCGUCUCGCCGCGUCUUCUCCGCUCGUCGUCCCUCGCCAGCGGUCUUGCUCCCUCUGCCUCGUAUUCUGCUCGUCCGCCAUCACUGCACCCAACGCCCGGUGUGCUCCACUGCUCGCGUCUGGCCUCUCUUCCUGCAGCUGUGCUUCCCGGUGAGUGCUCGCGUCUCGCCGCGCCUCCGUCCCUCCCUCGCCUCUCUUCCGCGGGUGUUGCUGCCUGCACUGCACUGCACUGCUCGAUUCUGCAGCUACAACAACAGUCAACACAUUCAAAGGUGGUUUAUUGAAUUAAGUCAUCGCUAUGGAUUUGGCAUCAGGUGUUGGUGGCAAGAUCAACAAAGCUCAAGUUCUAGAUGCUGUUGAUAAGUAUGAGAAGUAUCAUGUUCACUAUGGAGGGAAACAAGAAGAUAGGAAUGCUAACUACACUGAUAUGGUUAACAAAUACUAUGAUCUUGCUACGAGCUUUUAUGAGUUUGGGUGGGGAGAAUCUUUCCAUUUUGCACACAGAUGGAAUGGUGAGUCUCUUCGAGAAAGCAUCAAACGUCACGAGCAUUUCCUUGCUUUGCAACUUGGCCUGAAGCCUGGGCAGAAGGUUUUGGAUGUUGGAUGCGGAAUUGGAGGACCAUUGAGAGAAAUUGCUCGCUUUAGCUCAACAUCAGUUACAGGGUUGAAUAACAAUGAGUACCAAAUAUUGAGAGGAAAGGAACUCAAUCGUAUAGCUGGAGUAGACAAGACUUGCGACUUCAUUAAGGCUGAUUUCAUGAAAAUGCCUAUUCCAGACAACAGUUUUGAUGCAGUGUAUGCAAUUGAAGCCACCUGCCAUGCACCUGAUGCUUAUGGAUGCUAUAAAGAAAUUUAUAGAGUGUUGAAGCCCGGCCAAUGUUUUGCUGCAUAUGAAUGGUGCAUGACCGAUGCAUUUGAUCCCAAUAACCAAGAACAUAAAAAAAUAAAGGCAGAAGUUGAGAUUGGUGAUGGUCUUCCAGACAUUAGGUCGACUACAAAGUGUCUUGAAGCUCUUAAGCAAGCAGGCUUUGAGAUAAUAUGGGAAAAAGAUCUUGCAAAGGAGUCUCCUGUUCCCUGGUACCAGCCUUUAGACAAAAAUCACUUCUCAUUGAGUAGCUUCCGUCUAACAGCCGUUGGACGAUUUUUUACCAGAAACAUGGUCAAGGCUUUGGAAUUUGCUGGAUUGGCUCCAAAGGGGAGUCUAAGGGUUCAAGAUUUUCUAGAGAAAGCUGCUGAGGGACUAGUUGAAGGCGGAAAGAAAGAGAUAUUCACACCUAUGUACUUCUUUUUGGCUCGGAAGCCUCUUUCGGACAACAACUAAAGUGGUGGCACAAAUUGCAUUUUGUAGUAAGGACUUCAAAUCUUGGAUUGUGUUUUCUUGCCUUAUCAGAGUGAUAUUGCCCGUUUUAAGUUAUUUUGUGUGUUGAUUUUGAUUGUAGUUGGUGGUAAUUAAGUAGAGAUGGCUUUGAAUUUUCUCAAUGGAUGGGUUAUCAUGUCAUAUUUAUGUACCCUGUGCAGUGUAAGAAAACAUAAAUAAGAGGGGAAAGCAGGGAUUGAUAUUUUCUGUUGGAAAAAAAAAACACUCAACCCACUUAGGGAAUUCAUCGACUCUGUUAAAUCUUUAUAAAACCCAAUUCCAUAUUUAUUUUAUUUUCCAUUUUUA